AUGAAGAGAAAGAUAGACUUGGUUGAUAAAGAGCACGAGAGCGAGGAUGAAGGAAACGAAAGUUGUAGUGAUGAAAGCGAGGAUGAAGAACCAAGAAUAAAAGAUGUUUUGAGUCAUCUUUCCCGAGCAGUGUCGGUAAAGCGUGCUUCUGAUUUGCUGCAUAGUAUGGCAGCGUCCAAAGAUCUUUUAUUCUGGACUCCCCGCGGACAAUUACUUCGAAAUAAACGUAUAAUUCCCGUCACAAACAUCGCCGAGCUGCUUGAGUAUGUGUUACUCCCUCAUAACAAUGAGGUUCCCAAGCCUCGUGCGCUGAAUACGUUUCUAGAUGGACUUGCAGAGUUAGGAAUCGAUAAAGGUUUAAUCAAAAACAAAAAGUUGUUAAGUGAUUUAAUAGAAAAGGAAAAAGGCUACCGAAAUGUAGAAAAUACUUCCGAUAAUGAGAGUAAUAAUGAGGAGAGUUCAUCGGAUAUUGAAAAUCAGGAAGAGGAGGAGGAAGUGGCUUCUGAGAAUGGCGUUGAAACUGAAGGCACCCAAGAGAGCGACAACGACACUGAAAACGAUAGUGAGGAAGCAGAAAGUAGCAGCCCUGAAACGUCCACCACCUUUCACUCUAAAAGUCCCUGUGGACAUUGCGAAAACUCUAAUGUGUACUCCACAUUGAUCGUGAAAUGUCCUAAAUGCUUUUGGCACGAUAACUACAAGAUUUGUCCUAUAUGCGAUCACCAGAUCCCCGAGGAGAGAAAAUACAUCAAAGAGGGCUUUCUUCGGUGUCACGAUUGUGGAUUAAUUACACACAAAAACGCCAAGACGUUGGAAACCAAUAGAAAAGGAAAAAGGCUACCGAAAUGUAGAAAAUACUUCCGAUAAUGAGAGUAAUAAUGAGGAGAGUUCAUCGGAUAUUGAAAAUCAGGAGGAGGAGGAGGAAGUGGCUUCUGAGAAUGGCGUUGAAACUGAAGGCACCCAAGAGAGCGACAACGACACUGAAAACGAUAGUGAGGAAGCAGAAAGUAGCAGCCCUGAAACGUCCACCACCUUUCACUCUAAAAGUCCCUGUGGACAUUGCGAAAACUCUAAUGUGUACUCCACAUUGAUCAUGAAAUGUCCUAAAUGCUUUUGGCACGAUAACUACAAGAUUUGUCCUAUAUGCGAUCACCAGAUCCCCGAGGAGAGAAAAUACAUCAAAGAGGGCUUUCUUCGGUGUCACGAUUGUGGAUUAAUUACACACAAAAACGCCAAGACGUUGGAAACCAAUUUUUAUUCACCUUCUAAGGAGGAGAACGAAGAGGAGGUCUAA